GCUGCUUCCGGGUCAAUGGAGGACAGCGGGCUCGGGCGGCCCGCGCGGGGGACGCGGUGAAGCCGAGCGGCCCGGGGCGGCCGGGACCAGCCCGAGGAGCCGCCUCCGCCGCCGCCGCGCCCCGGCUCCGGGCAGGGGAGAAGAAGAUGGAUCGACCUGCUGGGAGGAGUUUUAUGCAAGUAUUAUGUGAAAAAUAUAGUCCUGAGAACUUCCCUUACCGCCGCGGUCCUGGAAUGGGAGUCCAUGUCCCAGCCACACCUCAGGGCUCGCCGAUGAAAGAUCGCCUCAACCUCCCGAGCGUGCUGGUGUUGAACAGCUGCGGAAUAACCUGUGCCGGGGACGAGAAGGAGAUUGCCGCCUUCUGCGCACAUGUGUCAGAGCUCGACCUCUCUGACAACAAACUGGAAGACUGGCAGGAGGUCAGUAAAAUUGUGUCAAAUGUUCCCCAGUUGGAGUUUCUAAACCUGAGUUCCAACCCUCUGAAUUUGUCGGUUUUAGAAAGAACGUGUGCGGGGUCCUUCUCGGGGGUUCGCAAACUUGUCCUCAACAACAGCAAAGCUUCUUGGGAGACGGUCCACACGAUACUGCAGGAGUUACCAGAUCUGGAGGAGCUCUUCCUGUGCCUUAAUGACUACGAAACAGUGUCUUGCCCUUCCAUUUGCUGUCACUCCCUCAAGCUACUCCACAUCACGGACAACAACCUCCAAGACUGGACUGAGGUCCGGAAGCUGGGCGCUAUGUUCCCGUCCCUGGACACCCUGGUUCUGGCCAACAACCACGUGAGCGCCAUCGAGGAGCCCGACGACUCACUGGCCAGGCUCUUCCCCAACCUGCGCUCCAUCAGCCUGCACAAGUCAGGUUUGCAGUCCUGGGAAGACAUUGACAAGCUAAAUUCAUUCCCCAAACUUGAAGAAGUGCGAUUGUUAGGAAUCCCACUUCUGCAGCCAUAUUCCACUGAAGAGCGGCGGAAAUUGGUGAUUGCCAGGUUGCCCUCCGUUUCCAAACUCAAUGGCAGUGUUGUGAGCGAUGGCGAGCGGGAAGAUUCCGAGAGAUUCUUCAUCCGAUACUAUGUCGACGUUCCCCAGGAAGACGUGCCCUUCAGGUACCAUGAACUGAUCACAAAAUAUGGGAAGUUGGAGCCUUUGGCAGAAGUGGACCUCAGACCGCAGAGCAGCGCCAAAGUCCAGGUCCACUUUAACGAUCAGGUGGAGGAAGUGAGCAUUCGCCUGGACCAGACAGUUGCAGAACUCAAGAAGCAGUUAAGAACUCUCGUGCAGCUCCCCACGAGCAACAUGCUCCUCUACUACUUCGACCACGAAGCGCCCUUCGGGCCUGAGGAGAUGAAGUACAGCUCUCGGGCCCUGCAUUCCUUUGGCAUUCGGGAUGGAGACAAGAUCUACGUGGAGUCCAAAACAAAAUGACCUCUUCCGGCGUGGACACAGGAGGACUUCUCGCGGGGGCGCUUGUUUCUAACGUGCUUUUCUUUAGGAGAGGGAGAAGGUUGAUUUUGUUUCGUUUUGUUUAGGCUUAUGGGGGGAGGGGGGGUGUUUGUAUAUUUUUUUCCCUGAAGAACGGGAGGGGGGCUGUUUUUGGUAUUUUUUACCACCAGUUUGUUUCGUCCACUGCGCCAGCAGAAUUGGCCCCAUCUGGUAGCCCCUGAGCCCUCCGUCUGGGACGGCUCCGGAGUCUCCAACUUCCUGCGGUGUCCCUGGGUCUGUCUGCUGCUGGCUUGGCACCUCCACUGUGGUCAAGCUGCCGGGCACAAGUGUCGCCCUCGAGGGUGUCAGGAGCCCCCUCUCGGGAGCCUGAGUCUUUCCAGGCAGGGCCCGCCCCCUCCCCCAGCUCCCCAUCCCCUCCCCCUCCUUCCUUGUUGUUUAAUUUUCCCGUGUCCGCAUGUUUACGUAGUAGUUAAACUCUCUCCAUAAUUCAGUGUGGGUGAUUAUUUUUUUCUUCCUGUCUCCCUUCAGAAAUGAUUUUUUUGUUUUUGUUAAUGUUUUAUGCAUUUUUCAACCUGAUUCUGAUCUCAGGUACUCAGUCAGAACCCCGCCCCUGUUGGGGUCUUGAGGACGCGUAGAGGGGGUGAACCUCGGGUGAGUCCUACUCUUGCUCGGGAAGUGCAGGCCGGGCCACCUCGCACCCCUGCCCUGGCACAGUGUACCCACCACCUCUGGAGCAUGGGCGGCGUCUGACCCCAGAAUGCUUUUCCUUUUGCUUAUUGAAUGUAUUUCCGCGCGUCAGUCGAUCCUUCUCAUUUAAGCCGUGGGAAACUGAGGCCUGACUUUCGGAAGCGCCCGGUGGAGUGGUGGACGCGCAUCCAGGAGCCUGAGAAUUAGCUGGUGGGCUCUCGGGAGCACGGGGGGUGGCUCGUGCAGCUGUGUAGGCCAAGCCCUGGCUCUUGCACUUUGCAUUGAACGUGGGAAAUUUGAAUUCAAGGGAAUUUGGGUCCCCGUUCUUUCCUGGAAUGUGGCGACGUGGUGAUGGAAUAGGUCGGUUUGGUUUUGUUUGACGUUUUUAUUUAGAUGCUCCUAUAAAUGAACAGCUUUGCCUGACCUGUGGGUGAAGUAAAUGUCACAACUUUGGAAUUGACUCCAGGUCCUGUAUAUAUAUUUUUUGUUUUUGUUUCCGUUGUUUUAUUUUUCCUUUUGUGGUUUGGUUUGGAUUUUUCGUGUUUUUUUGUUUGUUUGUUUGCAGAAGCAUAUUGAAAGCACUUUUCUUUAAAAGCUAGUUCCCUCCCUCCUUGGAAGUCUUUCCCUUUGUUCUCCUGUCAAUGAGAUGUGACCCUCCCCCUUCCUGUCUGUCUUUCCCAGUCCUCCACGUUUAAGGUGUAACUUGGGCAGAAGGUGAGCACAUGAAAUAUUUUCAAAGAAUGUAGUCGGUACCCGAUUGCAUUUGACCUUUUGGCCUUUGGUUACGUGACUCGACCCCCUUCUUCCUUCCUUCCUUCCCCCACCAAGUUCUUUGAUUUCUUAUGAAGUUUUUUAAAGAUUCUUGUAGAUUCUUCAUGUAUGGGGAGCUGUGUUUAUUACUGCUACUUUUUAAAUUUUCCUAAGCUGUUAAAGCAGAUGUUUAUUCUCUUAAUGCACUUCAGGUUCAGUAUCUGUAAAGCCUUUGACUCGGGCCUCCUGAGUCAAGUCUACAUUCACUGUAACAUUUAAGGUGGGAACCAAAGGGUCCAAGAAGGACGACUGGGGCCUCUCCUGCUGCUGCGGGCCGGAGCUCUCGGGACCCCCGCGGGAGAGCGGCGCCUCGUCAGGCCGGGGAUAGACGCGAAGAAUGAGUUUGCAGUCACAUUUUCCUGACAGAUUUUCGGAAGUGGGGGGAAAGUGUGACAACAGUGUCAUGAAGAUGAGAACUGUGGGUGCUUUGUGUAUGUGAGCAUGAGUGCAAAUGAGUCUGGGCGAAGCCGUGGAAUGGAGCCACGGCUUCUGUCAGCGUGGGGAGGAGAUGCGUCGGGAGCCCUCGAGACUGUGACCCCCGGCCGUCCCCCCGCGGAAGGCAGCGUGGACACCGACGCGCUACUUCAGUGACAAGCGGAAUGGACGUAGAGAAUAGGCUAUUUUCUAUAUGACAGAGUUUUAUGAGAUGCUUUUUUACUCUUAGAGACCUGUUCCUUCUGUCAUUGCAGAACACGGUGUCCAUCAGCUGCAGGCAUGAACGUCUUCUCGUACAUCUCAGCUGCAUGUCCGGGGACUUCUCGCUUCAUCCCGCGGACAUGGGUCUUUGCAGGCAUUGCCGUUGGUGGUUUUCGCAACCGCCCAGUAGUUUUGACGGAGAAUCUAAUCCAGUUACUGAUCUUUCCACGUGACUGAAGUUCCGGAGAACAGCUAUUCGGGCGUGUGUCCUUGUAGAUUCAUCUCCGUGACUGGGUUAAGACGCUGCUUUUGAAAUAAAAUUGGUGCUGUGUAGACACAUGUUAACCAAAAUCGUUUCUUGUAACAGGCCAAGAAAGAGAAGCGACGUGGAUGGUUGAGUCUACAAGUCAUGCGUAAUUGAUCUCUGCAGCGCGUCUGUAUUUUACUAGUGACUGUGUCUAGAUGUAGUUAGAGCAUAUUAAUGACGUUUAUGAAACAAAAUGCUGUCAUAGCCAGUAUUACAGCUUCGUUGCUACAGGCAUAAAAGAUAGAGCCUAUCUUUUCUGCGCUAGAACCCUUCUCAGUGAUGAAAAGGCAGGGAGUCGGGAAGGAGGGCCAAGUCAGGACCGAGCCGUGCUGCUUCUCUGUGUGGACGCGUAGCUGCCACAGAGUCACCCAUUUUCUGUUUGUUUGUUUUUGUCUUUUAAUGGAAUUGUUGAGAUACCCCAAACUGAUUCAAAGGGGAAAAGUUGAGAUUCAUAGGUGUGUUUUUAUUAUGAAAAGUCCCCGUUGUGCCGGAGAGAGCUCGGCGGCCGGGGCGCAGGCUCUGCAUGCAGGAGCCCCAGGUGGGACCCCAGCAUCCGCUGAGCUCUGCCAGGAACAAGAACUGCCGGCUGUGACCACCCCGCCCCCCAACAUUUUGUCAUUUCUAUAACCUAUUGCUCCUAACACCAUAACUAGGUAAGAAAGCAGCGGAUAGAGUCUCCAAUCCCUUGUUUCUUUAAGCCUUGUUGAAAAUAACCCCCUAACAUGAGUUACGUCUCACAGGAAGGAACGUCAUUGACCAGAUGUUGAGGCAUGGCCACAGCCAUGAGCAGAGAACACGGUGGCACGAGCUGCCGGCGGCUCAGGGCCUCGGGUGAUAGUACCUGCCAGCACAUGCGUGUGAAUGUGGCUUUGCUGCCCAGAGGGGCCAGCCCCGGGGCCCAGAAACAGUGGUGCAGAAGGCAAGGUUGUUCUUGGCAAUAUCCUCUCUGUCUGUGGAUUUGAUUUCCCCUUCAUUCUGUGUUAGGUGGAAAAUGCAAACAAACUGCUUUCAAAAACACCCAAAAGCUCUCUGUGUUACGAGAUGUAUCGUGAACUCUGUUUUUCCUCGGUGCUUCCUUAAAAAUAUACGUCCACUGUAGUGAUGGAGAGGGACUGCACUCUCUUGGGCUCUUUACCUGCCGGCUGUCUCCUGCAGUUAAUGGAAAUAUAUAUUUUAUUUUAGAAUAUAAUUUAAACAUGAAGGUCUAUUCUUUGCACUUUUUAUUAAUAUAUAUAGAGAGAUAAUCUUUAAAAAAAAUUAAAAAUCCAAGUCCACUUUC